UUUCCUUCCUAUCCCAAGUUUCCUUCUGUUUUUGGGGAAAACCCAAAUCUGUUCACUUGAAUUUGGAUCUCACUUCUUCAUAAAAAUCUUCUCUUUAUAGAUAGAUAUUUAUAACAACUUCCACUUUGUUUCCCUUCGUAUCUUCUUCUGCCGCAAAAAAGGUAUUCAUGGGAAACAUCGGAAGUAGCGCAAAUGGCUGGCGGCGGAACGGCACUCGGCGAAACCACCCUCCUCCUCCACCGUCGCCUACUCCAGUACAACCUCAACCCGAAAUCGCUGCCAAUCGCUACGUCUUCGCUGCUGCCACGCCUUACCCGCCCCAGUAUCCCAACACGAACACACCCCAAUACUAUCAGUAUCCAGGCUACUAUCCGCCUCAGCCGCCGGUUCCCUUGCCUCUUCCGGCGCCUUACGAUCAUCACCAUCGAGGCGGUCCUCACAUGGAAUCCGCCAGUUGGAGUAGGUAUGGUUAUGGACCGAUGAUGCCGCCUCCACCACCGGUGCCGUAUAUUGAGCAUCAGAAGGCGGUUACUAUAAGGAAUGACGUUAAUUUGAAGAAGGAAAGUUUGAAAUUGGUACCUGACGAGGAGAAUCCUGGGAAGUUUUUGGUUUCUUUCGCUUUUGAUGCUACUCUUGCUGGAAGGAUGAUUGUUAUUUUCUUUGCAAAAGAAGGUGAAAACUGUGAUCUAACACCAAUGAAGGACAGUAUUCUACCACCAGUUACCGUGCCUUUCGAACAAGGUCUUGGACAGAAGUUCACACAGCCCUCUGGAACAGGGAUUGAUUUCUCUAUGUUUGAGGAGUCCGAGUUACUGAAAGUAGACACAGAUAUCUAUUAUCUGGCAGUGAAAGCAGAGGCAUUGCCUGUCAACCAGGAUGGGUCAGACAGAAACCAAGUGUCGGGAACCAUGAAUUCUCAGAUAACUCAGGCCGUGUUUGAGAAGGAGAAGGGUGAAUACCACACUAGAGUAGUGAAACAGAUACUGUGGGUGAGUGGGGUAAGAUAUGAACUGCAAGAAAUAUAUGGGAUUGGAAAUUCAGUUGAUGACGGUGUUGAUGCAAAUGGUCCCGGAAAAGAAUGUGCCAUUUGCCUUUCGGAGCCCCGGGACACAACCGUUCUUCCCUGCAGGCACAUGUGCAUGUGCAGCUCUUGUGCAAAGGUUUUGAGAUGCCAAAGCAAUCGCUGUCCGAUAUGUAGGCAACCAGUUGAAAGGCUUUUGGAGAUAAAGGUCAACAAUGGCCCUGAUGAAUGAGAUGAAAUUAUGUUUCUUCCUGUAAGUAGUAGUAGUACCCUAUUGCUUUUCUUUUGGCUUUUGCCUUUUUUUCUCUUUUUGAUCUCACACUAUGUCAGGUCAUUGUAAUAAUCAAACAGGAAGCUAUAACAAUUAAUGCUACUACAUGCAUAUACAAUGAAUGAAUUUUUUCCUGAAUGUGAAAUUUUCUUUUUU